AUGGCCAACCCCUCGCAGUGCCUGGAGGAGGGCGCCGGGCGCUGGCCGCCGCGGCCGCCCGGGCCGUACAGCGAGGCGCAGCGGCUGGCGCUGGAGGAGCUGGUGGCGGGCGGCCCCGAGGCGCUGCGGGCCUUCCUGCGGCGGGAGCAGCUGCCGCCGUUCCUCUCGGAGCCCGAGGUGCAGGCCAUCGCGCGGGGCGCCCUGCCGCCCGCCGCGGCCGCGGAGCCGGCGGGCGAGGCCUCGCUCGGCGCCUCGCUCGACGCCUCCUCGCUCACCUACUUCCCCGAGCGCUCGGACCUGGAGCCGCCGGCGCUGGAGCUGGGCUGGCCGGGCUUCGCCAGCGGCGCCUUCCGCGGGCUGACGCGGGUGGAGGCGCACUUCCAGCCCGGCUGCGGGGAGAGCAUCUACGGCUGCAAGGAGGCGGUGCGGCGGCAGAUCCGCUCCGCCCGGCAGAUGAUUGCCCUGGUUAUGGAUUCCUUCACAGAUACCGAUAUCUUCAAAGACCUCUUGGAAGCUUGUAGCCAGCGGCAAGUUAAAGCAUAUAUCCUUCUAGAUCAGUCUUCAUUUUCUCACUUUCUAAAAAUGUGCAAGGAUCUGGGAGUUGACCUGGAACAGCAAAAGUUCAUAAGAAUUCGAAAUAUCACUGGGAACACAUACUACACGAGGUCGGGUGCCAAAAUUGUUGGAAAAGUCCGUGAAAAGUUCAUGUUAAUUGAUGGCAUCAGAGUAACAACGGGCUCCUACAGUUUUACAUGGACAGAUGGGAAGCUGAACAGCAGUAACAUUUUGAUCCUGUCAGGCCCCGCGGUUGCACACUUUGACCUGGAAUUUCGGAUUCUUUAUGCACGGUCAAAGCCUAUCAAUCUCAAAGAGUUAUCCAGCUGCAAGAAGAAUAAGGUGUUGGACCAGCUGGUCAGGAUAACAGUGGCUUCUAGAGACUUGACCAGGGAAAACUUCCUGAGAAUGGAGUUUUUAGAGAUGAAUUGCAUGUUCACUUGGAGCGAGAAGCAGAACCUCAGGAACCACAUCCAGCCGCCCAUGUCCAGUACUGUCUAUAGUAUGUUUGUGAGAGCAGCUGGGAAACAAACCUCGAACUGA